GGAAAACGCAUGGUUCGGGAAAACCGGUUCAUAGACGCCCCCGCCCCCAUCGGCGCUUGUGAUCGAGAAUCUCCUCGUCGACGCGGCGGAGCCCAUGACGCGAUGCUCCCAGGACGAGUGCCGACGGGCCUCUCGGCCAGGAGCUCUCGCGGCAGCCGUGAGCGGGCUCGGGAGGACGAGCGACUGGAGCGCCGUGCUGGGGCUGCUCCGGGAGGUGGCGCGGCAGGGCGUGGAAGUCCAGAUUGCGUCCUACGGCGUGGCCAUCAGCGCGUGCGGGAGGGGCAGGCACUGGCAGCGGGCGCUGUCGCUGCUCGGAGAAGCCCGAAGAAGAGGAAGCGCAGGUCGCGCAAACAUUGUCGGAGGUGUCCGCGCGAAUGUCCUGGGUCGGCGUUGGAUUCCCUGGCGGCGCCGCCCCUGGCCCGCUCAGCGCGACCGACCCAGGGACUCCGACCCAGUGCCGACCCAGGGACUCCGAGCGGGCCGCCACAUGAUUGUGCUUAUGCCGUGUGUCCCUUCUUCUAGAAGCGGUGGGAGCGGAACUGGAGCUGGACGUCGUCACGUGCAAUGUUGGAAUCAGCGCGUGCGAGAAAGGAAGGCAGUGGCAGCGGGCCUUGUCAUUGCUCAGAGAGCUGGUUGAAGCGAAGAUGGAGCCCAGCAUAGUAAGUUUCGCCGCUGGGAUCAGCGCGUGCGGGAAACGCGGUCAAUGGCAGCGCGCGCUGAUGUUGCUCAGCGAAUUGGGAGAUGCGGCUCUCGAGCCCAACACGAUCUGCUACAACGCUGCGAUCAGUGCGUGCGAGAGUGGUUGUCAAUGGCACCGUGCGAUCUGCUUGUUCCACGAACUGGUGGGUGUGAAAUUCGAGCCAGACGUCAUCUGCUAUAAUGCCCGGAUUGGCGCGUGCAAGGAGGAUGGGCAGUGGCGCCAGGCUUUGUCAUGGAUCACUGAGAUGCGAGAGUCGACAAUACAGCUGGACGUCAUCAGCUAUGGAGCAGGGAUCACUGCCUGUGAGAAAAGCCGGCAGUGGCACAUCGCGCUAGCAUUAUUCACCGAGUUGUGCGGGUCGAGUUUGGAGCUGGACGUCACCUGCUGUAAUGCUGGCAUCAGCGCGUGCGAGAAAGCUGGGAAAUGGCAGGAAGCGUUGACUCUGCUCGUCAAGUUACACGAUGCGCGCUUAGAGCCAGACUCACCUACAAUGCCGGGAUCAGCGCUUACGAGAAAGGCGGACAGUGGCAGCGAGCGUUGUCUUUGCUUGGCGAGCUAUUCCUGACAAUGGUGGAGUUGGAAGUCACCUCCUACAACGCUGGAAUAAGUGCUUGCGAAAAGGGCGGCCAGUGGCAAUGGGCGUUGUCGCUCUUCAGAGAAUUACGCAACGUUAAACUGCAACCAGACAUCAUCAGCUUUAGCGCUGGGACCAGCGCGUGCGAGAAAGGCGGGCAAUGGCAGCUAGCACUGUCGUUGCUAAGCGAACUGCGAGAGGAGAGGUUGCAACCGAAUGUCGUGAGCUAUGCCGCUGGAAUCAGCGCUUGCGAGAAGGGCGACCAGUGGCAGCGGGCGCUCUUGUUGCUCGGGGCACUGCGCGGCUCGAAGCUGGAGCCCAACGCAAUCUGCUACAACGCUGGGAUCAGCGCGUGCGAACGAGGCGGGUGACGGGGACCGCCGCUGCCUCCGUCCGGCGUGUCGAUUCAGCCUCUGAGCAGCCGGGCGGGCGCGGACAUUCUCCCGGACCCAGGCAAUGACCACAAAAGGGUCGUCAUGAGUUUGUCGCAGUGUCGUGGGAGCCGAGGAGGAUUGCGUCCUUGGGCAAGCUCAACCUGCAGCCCAGGCCGCUAGUCCUGUGCCACACCUGCACCCCCAAGAAUUUCAAGGCGCUCAUCUGGAGUACCGCGACGGCCAUACCACAGAAAGCCAGGAUCGGCACGAUCACCCAAUAAGCGCCAGCUUUACCGACAGAAGCGCGGAUGCGCAGGAGCAUCCCAGGGCGAAGGCCACCAGGGGCGCAAGCAUGCCGAGAGCCUCUGGCGCUUAGCCGGUAGGGCCAGCGACAGAGCGACAGAAAGAACGUCGAAGGAUCAGGCGGAGGUCGUCGGCGACCGUACCAGAGCCCGCCACCGAGCGAGGGGAAGGGCUCUACGGGCGCGGCGACCAGGCGACCUGUCCAGAGAGAGGUUGGAUCCCGACUUCGUCAGCUGCAGCGUGUGGACGGGCGCGUACAGGAAAGGCUUGCGUGAUGAUGUGGGUUGUCUUCGCGGAUGGAUGGGCUCUCCGGGAAGUCCGCAGUGGGAGCCGCAGAGAAAGAGAACCAGCUGCAGAAUCGCGACCAGUUUUUUGCUUGCUGGCGGAAUGCAGACGUUACGUUGAGCGAAGAACCUCCCAGUGGGCAUCCGUCACGUUUUGACUGCACUGUGGAUGCGCGAUGCUGGAUGAGCGCUGGAAUCCGAGCCAGGUCGCCAAAUAAGAAGGAACGUUUUUUCUA